AGUUUGACGUUGACAACUACUUUUGCUUUUUGAUCCAUAAUUAUGUUUAUUCAAUGUUAAUAUUUAAUUUAUCUGCAGUAAAAACAAUUUUCAGUCUGCCAAUAGAUGCAAAUUAGUUAAAAGGAUACGUAUACUAAAAGUGUUACUAACAAGCGUUGUAAAGAUCUAAUUAUUUGUGGCCCAGUAGUAAAACCACAAAAAAUGCAGUUAACUUCAGAUCCCAGACGUGCUGAUCGUGAACGCCGUUUUAAGCCUCCACCACCCAAUUCAGCUCCGGCAGAAGACCUGACUACCGAUUAUAUGAAUAUUCUUGGAAUGGUUUUUUCAAUGUGUGGCUUGAUGAUGAGACUCAAAUGGUGCGCCUGGACAGCUGUCUUCUGUUCUAGUAUCAGUUUUGCUAAUUCAAGGGUUUCUGAUGAUACAAAGCAGAUUGUUAGUUCAUUCAUGCUUUCAAUAUCUGCAGUGGUGAUGUCAUACUUACAAAAUCCUGCACCAAUGUCUCCGCCUUGGACUGCAUUAACCACAUAGUUUUCAUUAUUUUAUUUACACAUUACCAAUGUUAAAAUGUUAGCAAUAAAUAUAUUAACACUA